AUGUCCUCCCAAGCCGUCCUCAUCGCCGCCCUCAAAGGCCAAACCCUCCGCAUCCCCAAUCUCACAGCUCUUUUCCAAGCCUGGCCUUCCCCGGUCCUCAACACGCACUACCCAGAGUCCGUCUCCCUCACAACCAACACCAUCCUCCAGAUCGCCGCCGCCGCGCCCCGUCUGGAGGUUGAGCGCCGUUUGCGCGACGACCUCUCCUUGAUCACCUGUUUGUGGUUCCCUCUUGCGCCCAAGCCGCGUCUAGACGCCCUGGUGCUGUACACGGUGUGGCUCUUCUGCUGGGACGACACCGUCGACGCAAACGAGGGCGACCUGGCGGCGGAUUUCGCCCGCGCCCAGCAGUGGCGCGAUAAGACGCUGGAAAUCGCCAAGACUGCCUUUCAACUACCUGGAGCUGCUGCCCCAGACGGUGAAGUCGACGCCAUCAAUGCCGUGCUGGUUGAGUUUGGACGGCGGUAUGCCGAGGAGGCGCCUCUGCUUGAGCGCCAGCGCUUGUACGAUGAGAUUGCCAUCUUCAUUCGAGCUUGUGCCACAGAACAGAGAAUGCGUCUCGACAGGGCCGUACCGGGCUUCGACGAGUACAUGUCGCUCCGAGACGGCACCGCAGCGGGCGGCACGCUCUGUACCUUGGUUCCUUUUGCAAUGGGUCGCGACGUGCCGUCGGAGAUGCUCAACUCGCCGAGUGUACAAGUCAUCCGGAAGCAGGUCAACGUGCUGACUGGCCUUAUUAACGACUCGCUAUCCCUCAAGAAGGAGCUUCACACAGACUGCGCCAUCAAUGCCGUAUGUGCGCUCUCAACUCCGGAAACGAGUUUGGACGAGAUCAUGACGCAGAUCCACCAGAAGCUCCAGGACGCAGUUCGGCAGUUUGACAUGGCGGCCGAAGCACUCCUCACUCAUUUCCUACACGAUGAUCAUCUUCAUAGCCUUGCGCGAGACCUCGCCAAUGGGUAUAGAUCUUUAGUCACCGGCGUACUGGAAUUCACGUAG